AUGGAACCAACAUUGACUGAUGACACGCUUGAGAACAAAUCCAAGCGUCCUCGCAGUCAUCCACCGAACUGUGCAGGCCAGGAGCAGUCCCGAAAACUCGACAUCGCUACAAGAAAAGCACGUGCAAAGUCACAACGAGACUUCGUGCCUGGGACUCACGACUCCUGGCAGCUUCCACCAUUCCACGAACCUUCCAUCUCAAGGAGCAGUUCACGGAAGUCCGCCGUGAUGCCGCUCAAGCCUAAGCCAUCCUUCACUCGACUGCAAAGUCUCGACAGCCUGAUCACCUAUCGCAAAGAGAAAGCCGAGUGGAAGCGAGUCUCAUCCUAUCUGCAAUCUGCCCAGACCGAUGGAGAUCGAGAACAACACGAAGUUCCCUACACCGAUUCCCAAGCCCCAACUCGAGCCCACACAAUCCGAUCAGAAACCGACACGGUCGCCGGCGCCGACCUCGCCUUCGACGAGAAGCCAUCCUCUUCACCUCCUCGUUCUCCUGGCGGCGACUCAAUCGACGACGAUGAACACCAAACAGCCUUACCAAAACUCCCUCCACCUCCUCCCCCGACCUCUGAGCAACCAAAGAACACAUUCCGCACCUCUGCCGCUGAGAUUGGAUUCUGCUUCACAAUCGCCAUGACGCAAUUCCUAGCAGAAUACAUGAUUUCCGGCUUUGCCAUCGAACUCCCCAAAAUCAUGAACAAAUAUGCCAGCAAUGAUACCGAUCCAGGCUCGAUGGGAAUGUUCUGGCCUGCAUCAUUGCUGAGUCUGAUACUAUCCGCCACACUCCUCAUCUUCGCUCGCAUCAGCGAUAUGUAUGGCGGGUAUCUUCCAUUCAUGUUCGGCGUCAUCUGGCUCGGAAUUUGGUCUUUGCUAGCAGGUUUCGCAAAAGCAACAGUCCUACUCGACAUCAGUCGUGCGAUGCAAGGGCUGGCCAUUGCAGCGUAUAUCCCUUCGACAUUCGCUAUGGUUGGCAGCAUUUACCCCGAAGGCCCGAGGAAGAAUCUUGUACUGGGACUGUAUGCUGGUUGUGCGCCUUUGGGAUUCUUCGCUGGAUUCUUGGCUGCUGGUGCGUUACCGGAUGACGCCCCAGGUUGGUAUUUCUGGAUUGCGGCGAUCUUGUCGUUUGUUACGGCAAUUACUGCUUAUUUGACUGUGCCGCAUGACAGAACUGAUCGGAAACAGUUGAGUUUGAAGAUGGAUUGGAUAGGGGCUUUCCUCAUUACUGCUGGGUUGAUCUUGGUGGCUUAUGCGCUUGCUGUGGAGCCUUAUGCCAGUCAGAAUGGGAGAGGACACUCUGGAUGGACGACUCCUAUGGUUCUGGCACCCUUGAUCUCUGGGAUUGCAUGUCUUGCCAUCGCAUUUUGGGUCGAAGGAUGGUACGCUGCAUGCCCAUUGCUACCUUUCGACUUUUUCUCACCAAAGAGCGUCAAAGCUUUCUCGCUGGCUUGCUUAUGCUUCUACGCAUCGUACGGAGUGUGGCUGUACGAAUCAGCUCAGUACUUCUCGAACGCUACUGCGACUGGCACAGCCAACGGCGUCCAUGGGUUGACGCUGGCAGCCUGGUAUACACCAACAGCCAUCGGUGGCCUGAUCCUUUGCGUUGCGGGCGGCGCAUUGCUUCACGUCAUCCCUAUAAUGAUAUUGCUAAUCAUCUCUGGUAUUGCUUGGAUCGGUGCACCACUUCUUCUGGCUAUGGCUCCCUUGCCAGUACACUACUGGUCAUUCGUCAUGCCAUCAAUGCUUUGCGCGACAAUCGGCAUCGACCUCACGUUCACGAUCUCUUGCGUAUACUUGUCCGCGGUCUCGCCGCUGCGAUACCAAGGCUUGGCUGGAGCUGUUUCAUCGAUUCUGGUCAACUUGGCAAUGUCUUUCUCGCUUUCGAUCUCCGAGAUUGUGGCUGUCAAAGCUGAGAGUGCGGUCGUCGUACCGGAUUACGCUUCACCGGCGGAGCAGAUGGUGUUUGCAGACCAAAAAGCCAUUCGAGGUUACAAGUACGCCUUCAUCUACGCUGCUGCCUCCGCUGGGUGCGGUCUACUCAUCGCAAUGUUAUUUGUACGAAUUUCUCGUUCGGUUGUGCAGAAGAAAAAGACUUUGGACUUGGAAGGCGAUGGCACGCGGCCGUCAUCUGAGGUUAGUACCCUCGUUGACUCGCCGCGGGCUUGAGAGAGAAAAGAGCUUGUGUCCGAAUUGGAGAAUAUUGGUUUGAGGUUUCUAUCAGCGUUCUUUGGGAAAGGCGUUUCAAGACUGGCAGCUUCACAGCUACUUUGUGUACAUAUAAACAUCGCAAGCGACGGGUACGGGCGACCACAAAAUCGAGUGUCCGGUUUGGCACUCUU